CAAAGCUGCCUGGCACCGUCAGCCCCAACAUGCUUUAUCUUUCUGCCUCUUUCGAGUCCCAGUUUAGGAAUUUUAGUAGAUCCUGGCAGUUUCUUAUGAAUAGGUUAAAAUGACUUAUUUCCUGAUACUAAGUACUUUCCUAAGUGAACUGUUUUAGUACAAUGAGUUAGCUGGUUCUUCCUCUUUGCGGACAGUUGAAACCUAUGAAACUGCAAAGUUACAGCAGUGUUUCAUGACUGACUGACUGUUGCCUUUGCUGAUCAGAGCUGAGGAAUGUUCCUGUUACACAAGGCUGAAGUUCCAGUUUUGCAUCGGAAAACAUCGUGGAAAACAGCGUCGAGUGAGGGCAUUUCUUUGGAUUUGACCACACUUGAAUAGUAUCGCAGAAUUUCAAAGAGCUGCAGGCGGAACAUCUCAGAGGAAAAGGAGCUGAAGACGAACUUUUGCUGAGCUGCUUCACAAACAAUGGAGCGAUGUGACGCUGGGUUGGCUUCAGUCCUUUCCAUCUUCUGUGUUGGACUGGUGUUUGGAGCUCCGGGUGGCCUCCUGCUGGGAGCGACAGCAGUUGUUGUGCUUCAGUCCCUGGAGCUUCUGGCUGACGACAGGCUGCUCAUGGACAAGCUGGAAAAACACAUUAGGCACAAUUACUAUUGUGUAGGAAGUAAUAAUCAAAUGCAUGGAAUUCAAAUGUCCAUCUUUGCUGAGAUGUUUGGUGUUUUUUCCUCAACCGUGUCAUUAGCUGUGGGUAUCUAUAUUGGAUUAUCAACAUAUUCACUGGUGAUUAAAAAAUCUGGUGAGGCAGUGAUGAGGAAGGCCCUGGCUGUCGCUGGGCCAGUGUGUCUCAUGGCUGUCACUGCAACUGGAUACAUUCUGGGUGGAGCUUUAGAAGGUUUUCUAUCCAUUACCCUAAAUUUCAGUAUUUUGCAGCGUUUUUUUAUUUCAGUAGUAGUUGUAUGGACAUUUACAGUCUUUGCUGAGUUCUGGUUUAAGACACAUGCUUAUCAUUUUUAUUUUUUUCAUUUAAUUUUCCACUGGGCAAAGUCUUUAUUUGUUAUGUUUUUAAUAGGUUUUUUGUUUAAAACGAGGUUAAUUCUUGUAGUUGUUUUGACCCCUCUGAUUAUAGCUGUAAAAGAACUUAAAAAAUCACAUUCCCUCAUAUUAACCACUGUAACUGUGCCAUUGAUGUUGAACAUAUAUGAUGUAUAUAACUCUUCAGGGCAGCUAAUUGUUUCCUUACAUUCACCAACAUCCACGAACACAAACAGUGCUGCAUUAGAGGGCAUUUUUGUUGGAGUUUUCAUUUCUCUGCUGUUGUCAGUUACUGUGGGAGUGUCAUUAUUUGUGUCUUGGCAAAGGGGUGGUGCAGGUAAAAUGUGUGCUGCUGCUGCAGGUUCUGCUACAGCAGUUUUAGGUGCCAUAAAGUUGGCUCUCCCUGUGCUGGGUCCUGGUCCCACUAUAGGAGCUCUGAUGGGGGUGGCAGGGGCAGCAGGGGUAUCUCUUUCUGCAGCAGAGGCAGCAACAGACCAGUAUGGACAAACGGGAGACCACUGUGGAUUUGGAGGAAGGUUGGGGGUGACAGUGGGGGCAGCUGUUGGAGCUUUUGUAUCCUCAUGUGGCCACAUUGGGCUGUCAGGGAUGUUCAUGGGUCUGUGUGCAGCUACAGUUCCUGCUGCUGCCUUUUUAAAAGUGUUUUUAUAUUCCACAUCAUUGAAGCUGUUUGGGUGUUUAUGGAUGUGCACGUAUAUAGUUAUAGCCCUUAUAAUAUAUACUCACACUGAUUGGUUGUUUCCUGUUCUAUACCUGUUUUGUCUUGCUAAUUUAUAUGUGGUGUUUUAUCUGUGCUUUCUGUCUGAUGAAUAGACAGACAGGAAAUAUUUUAUGUGACACUUUUGCUUACAGUACAAAAAAACAAAAAACAGCAACCGCACACUCACAACUCUGUACAAUCAUCAAUUUAUUUCUGCAAGCUUUCAGUCUGUGACCUUCUUCAGGCAUGCACACUGAGUGAAUGUGGCUGUAGAUAAAGGAUUCUGGCCAUCCCUUCACUUGAUUGCAUAACGCCAGACACCUGUGUUGACAUGGCUGAGGCUACAAGGAUAUCAUGGGGAUUGUAGUCCAGCUUAGAGACUUGUAGUCCUACAUCAGAUACAGCCUUAGACACAGGGUCUACUGAAACCAAGAAACAUAAAUACAUCAUUUCAUCAAUAUAUCAAUACAUCAGUACCUUAAAAUAAUUUACAAGGGUAAAUUGUAACAACACAAUAGAAAGAAGCGACAAUUUUUAUGCAAACAUCAUUACUUACAGUGCAAAACAAAGAAAACAUAAGUGUGCCUAUGUUUGCAUAUGUGCAGGAGCUAUUUCUUUGUCACUUAGCAUCUCACUAGGUCAGCUGGGGUUUGCAUAAACCAGAACUUGCAGGGCUUUAUCUGGACCUGAUCACGCUGCCAAAAGGAGCACAGGUUCUGCGUUAUACAGAGUUAGACCUUUCCAUAAUCAACCUUACUGGCUAAGCAUGUGUACACAUACAAGAAAGUUGACUCUGUUUUUUCAUAGACAUGACAGCUGAGAACAAGGACAAAAAAAGCUGAACAGGUAAAGAACAGACGACUACUAUGUAGACAAACAUGUGUAUAUAUUUAAAUAUAUAUUAAUAAAAAAGCACCAGUGUCCAACAACAUAAAUAAAAUAUCUAUAUACAAUCAAGUGUUUCUCUAAGUUGGAAAAAAUGCAAUUGGUAGAAAUAAACAUUGAAUGGAUAUACUGUACAUGGAGUUCGAUGAUUGUACAGUACAUGCAUGUCUAUAUACAGCGAGCAGGACAUAUAUAGAGAGUGACAGUGCAUGAAGAUAUGUGCAUGUUGAAAACAGAGCAUUUUAAACUAUAAGAAUACCAUCCGCAGUGGAAGUGAUAGUUUGGUGUUAGAGGGUUAUUGACUCUGUAUGACUGAUUUAACUGUUCACCAGAGUGGUGGACUGUGGGAACAAACUGUUCUUGUGUGGGGGUGUUUUGGCCUACAGAGCUCUGCAGCACCUCCCAGAGGAGAGAAGCUGGAACAGGUUGCAUCCAGGAUAUGAUGGGUCUGUAGUGAUGUUUCCUGCCUGUUUCCUGACUUUGGACAUGCAGCUUGGUACCAAUGAUUUUCUCCACAGUAACUAGCGAGUGCAGCAUUGCGGCUGCCAUCAACAGUACCAGCUUGUGAUAUAAGUAAUAUAGGAAAACCAUGUCUGCGGUAGGUUUAAGUUAAACUUCACAUAUGAUGACCUUGAGUUGCGUUUAAGUGAUUUCAACUAGACACGUUGACUGGGUUUAGAGUAAACGGCAGGUGCAUAUUUAACCCGUCCUCUGAGGACACAGCAAUGGGCUUUAAGCGAUGUGAUUCUUUUUAUGAUGACACAGACUGAAAUCCAUCCUAAACCUUAUACUGCAGCUAAGUUAAUGACAGAGCCACAGCCCCAUGGUCUACACGAAUAUGUGUACAUAUAAAUUAAGUAUUGUUCACAGAGGGCAACUUUUGAUUUUAGAGCUUUUACUUUAUUUCAACUGAACGCAAAAUGUUCUUGUUCUGAAUAAAGAACCUCAAAGACA